AGUCGAUCAUGUGCAUGGCCACAACAGCUGAAAAUGACUCGGGAGAAUCUGCCUCUGGAAACACUCAAAAAUCACUGAAGCGAGCAUGUGAUUGCUGCAGAAAGCGUAAAGUCCGUUGCGAUGGAGAGAGUCCGUGUGGUCCUUGUCGAAAGGCUACUAUUCGCUGCGCCUACCUUCAAGCGCCUAAGAAGAAGGGUCCAAAAGGUCUCAGGAGUGCAAGAGUGUUGCAUGCACUGAGAAAGAUUGAUCAAUCUGCGACGCUUGCCCCCGACAACCCCUUGAGUCCGGUCGUACUGCAGGAUGGUUUGAGCCAAUGGUAUGGAAGCUCAUCUUCAUCACCAAUUGCAAUGUCAAAUCAUAGCGCUAUCGACAGCGCGAUUCCUACAAGUACUCCUGCANNGGAGCCCAUCACGACGGGCUAUGGUUAUUAUGGACCUCCGGAACUGCAGAGCCACGGAGCGCCUCCUCAUAUGACUCUUCGAGCAUUGCCCAUCAACCAAAACAUGAGCCAGCACUGGCCAGCACAACCAUCUCGACCACUGCAUCACUAUGCGCCUUCUAUGGAACCGCAGCCUGCAGUACCACGGAUACCGAAUCAGCGGUUCCUGCCAUAUGUGCGGCUUUUCUUUGAGCAUCUCUACUUGAUCAUGCCUGUAGUGGAUGAGCAAAUUUAUCUGGACCCAUACAUGUACAGCUCUACGAAUCACAUGCCCCCAGAGACAUACGCCUUGCUCUGUGCUCUGUGCGCUGCUACUAUUGUGCAACUGGAUGCGGCAAUACAUGUGCCUGAGAUGGAGCCUCUGCCUGGUAGACCUGCAUCAGCAGCUGACAUGUUCGUCGAAGAAUGCCUCAAGGUCAGGCGCGAAUUCGACUACAUCGGCAACGUGACCACUGUCACAGUCAUGACUAGCUUCUUCAUCUUUGCUUACUAUGGCAACAAAGAGAGCAGUGAAAAGGCCUGGCACUACUUGCAAGAAUCCAUAUCAUUCAUUGAGACUUUGGAAAUGGACGAUGAGAACUCAAUGCUCAAACUUGACCCUCUUGAAGCGCAAUGGAGGCGACGAUUGUACUGGUUGCUCUUCAUAACCGAAAGAGCAUAUUCGAUACAACGCCGCAAGAACUGCCGACUACAUCCCACCAUCCAGCUACCCCUAGCCUUCGAAUCAGAAGACCCUCGCCUCCUCCACGGCUUCGUGAACCUAGCUCACCUCUUCUCCGCCAUCGACGACAACUUUGUCAGCAUCUGGAAAGGUAGCGCCCGCCGCAAAGCCCUGUGCUCAGAGCCCUGGCUAGCAGAAACACAACGUUCGCUCGACACGGUUGCGCUUUCCCUUUCCGACAUUACGGAAACUGCUAGGAUAGACAUCAGCGUAUCGCGGGAGUGGCUACAUGUACUGGCUUGGCAGAUGGGCGUAAGCAACGGCUUGGUCUGCGAUAAAGGACAAACAGGCACUGGACGCCUCGACUACCCCGUCGAACUCGCUCGCCGCACUGUCAACAUUACUGAACGAGCCACCCCUCUUGUGCUAGACUCCCACGGCAUCGGCAUGGAGCAGAAGCUUUCGGAUAUCGCUGGCUGUCUUGCCGAUGUCCUGCACGUGUCUUCCGGCGAUACAUCCGACGCUUUUAUGCAAGGCCGACAGUAUCUGCAUCUAAUGCUUAAUAAACUAUCCAUGAUGAGAGGAAAAGAGUCGAGAUAUCUUCGACCGCUCGUUGCCAAAGCGGGAGAUAUUCUAGCUUCACAGGUGCCUAGGGGCAUGACUGCAUUGCCUCCUGCUUCUGGAUUCGAGGCUAAAGUUGAGGAAGAAGAUAGGAAUGGAAGAGUUGAUCAGAGGUUACAGUGGGCAGUGCGA